AUGUCUGGAUUAAUAUUUAAACAUAGGAGUCAUGCUGUACCACCAUCAGUGUCUGGAUCAAUAUAUAAUGAUAGGAGUCAUGCUAUACCACCCUCAGUUUCUGGACCAAUAUAUAAUGAAAGGAGUCAUCCUGUACCACCCUCAGUGUCUGGAUCAACAUAUAAUUAUAGGAGUCAUGCUGUACCACCAUCAGUGUCUGGAUCAAUAUAUAAUGAUAGGAGUCAUGCUGUACCACCAUCAGUGUCUGGAUCAAUAUAUAAUGAUAGGAGUCAUGCUGUACCACCAUCAGUGUCUGGAUCAAUAUAUAAUGAUAGGAGUCAUCCUGUACCACCGUCAGUGUCUGGAUCAAUAUAUAAUGAUAGGAGUUAUGCUGUACCACCCUCAGUGUCUGGAUCAAUAUAUAAUGAUAGGAGUCAUGCUGUACCACCGUCAGUGUCUGGAUCAUUAUAUAAUGAUAGGAGUCAUGCUAUACCACCCUCAGUGUCUGGAUCAAUAUAUAAUGAAAGGAGUCAUCCUGUACCACCCUCAGUGUCUGGAUCAAUAUAUAAUGAUAGGAGUCAUCCUGUACCACGCUCAGUGUCUGGAUCAAUAUAUAAUGAUAGGAGUCAUGCUGUACCACCAUCAGUGUCCGGAUCAAUAUAUAAUGAUAGGAGUUAUGCUGUACCACCCUCAGUGUCCCGAUCAAUAUAUAAUGAUAGGAGUCAUGCUAUACCACCCUCAGUGUCUGGAUCAAUAUAUAAUGAUAGGAGUCAUGCUGUACCACCAUCAGUGUCUGGAUCAAUAUAUAAUGAUAGGAGUCAUCCUGUACCACCCUCAGCGUCUGGAUCAUUAUAUAAUGAUAGGAGUCAUGCUGUACCACGCUCAGUGUCUGGAUCAAUAUAUAAUGAAAGGAGUCAUGCUAUACCACGCUCAGUGUCUGGAUCAAUAUAUAAUGAUAGGAGUCAUGCUGUACCACGCUCAGUGUCUGGAUCAAUAUAUAAUGAUAGGAGUCAUGCUGUACCACGCUCAGUGUCUGGAUCAAUAUAUAAUGAUAGGAGUCAUGCUGUACCACGCUCAGUGUCUGGAUCAAUAUAUAAUGAUAGGAGUCAUGCUGUACCACGCUCAGUGUCUGGAUCAAUAUAUAAUGAAAGGAGUCAUGCUGUACCACGCUCAGUGUCUGGAUCAAUAUAUAAUGAUAGGAGUCAUGCUGUACCACGCUCAGUGUCUGGAUCAAUAUAUAAUGAAAGGAGUCAUGCUAUACCACGCUCAGUGUCUGGAUCAAUAUAUAAUGAUAGGAGUCAUACUGUACCACGCUCAGUGUCUGGAUCAAUAUAUAAUGAUAGGAGUCAUGCUGUACCACCCUCAGUGUCUGAAUCACUAUAUAAUGAUAGGAGUCAUGCUGUACCACCCUCAGUGUCUGAAUCACUAUAUAAUGAUUGGAGUCAUGCUGUACCACCCUCAGUGUCGGGAUCAAUAUAUAUUGAUAGGAGUCAUAAUGUACCACCCUCAGUGUCAGGAUCAAUAUAG